UUCAAGAAGAAGAGGGCAACUAAAAGCCCAAAACCCUACACGCAAUCUAGACCGGAGCCGUAGCUACAGAAAAUGGAGGGUAUCGGAGUGUUGCUGUCGUGCUCGAUGGACCCGUACUUAGAACAAGAGCUCGACAAGCGAUUCAAGCUCUUCCGGUUCUGGACCUUCCCGCAGAAGAACGAAUUCCUGAGCGAGAACGCCAACUCGAUCCGCGCCGUUGUAGGAAACGCCGCUGUCGGCGCUGACGCGGAGCUGAUUGACGCCCUUCCUAAGCUGGAGAUCGUGUCUAGUUUCAGCGUCGGGCUGGACAAGAUCGACUUGCCCAAGUGUAGGGAGAAGGGGAUUCGGGUCACCAAUACCCCCGACGUUCUGACGGAGGACGUCGCUGACCUGGCGAUCGGGCUAAUGCUGGCAGUUCUCAGAAAAAUUUGCGAAUGCGAUCGACAUGUGAGGAAAGGAUUGUGGAAGAUGGGUAACUUCAAACUGACCACCAAGUUCAGUGGCAAAACCGUUGGGAUUAUAGGACUUGGAAGGAUUGGGCUAGCAAUUGCGAAGAGAGCAGAAGCUUUUGAUUGUCCAAUCUGCUACCAUUCCAGAACAGAGAAACAAAACACCAAUUACAAAUAUUACCCAAGUGUGGUUGAGCUGGCUUCCAAUUGCCAGAUUUUAGUCGUUGCUUGUGAGUUAACUCCACAAACUCGCCACAUCGUCAACCGUGAAGUUAUCAAUGCACUGGGCCCGCAGGGAGUUCUCAUCAACAUUGGUAGGGGUCCACACGUUGACGAGCGUGAGAUGGUAUUGGCUCUGGUUGAAGGCAGGUUGGGCGGAGCUGGGCUUGAUGUGUUUGAAAACGAACCUGAGGUGCCUGAGGAGCUAUUUGGGCUUGAUAAUGUGGUCUUGUUGCCCCAUGUUGGAAGUGGAACGGUGGAAACACGCAAGGCCAUGGCUGACCUUGUCAUUGGGAACUUAGAGGCUCACUUUCUUAAUAAACCACUGCUAACUCCGGUGGUCUGAGUUUGCUGUGGACAUCUAUUUUUGCUUGUAUAGUUUAUCUAUCGCCCAAGUUUUAUUUAAAAUACUCACCCGCCCAACGUGAAUCGGUUAUCCAUCUUCUAGAUGUGGUAUUUGCAAUAAUCGGGACAAGUGUAUGAUGUUGGCCGUUAAGUAUCCCACAAUGGUUGUCUAUUGAGUUUGAAUGUAACAUAUAACUGUGGCAGUGUGGCGUAAAUCUCACCUCUUGAAGAUGCUUUUGUGGUGAGUUACACUUGAACAUUGUAUUCCCCCAUCCUUUUGUGUUGACAUUAUUAAAUAUGAAGACCAAAAUGAAGACACUUUUUCAUUUAACUGAUUGAGACCAAAAUGAUUGAGACUAAUACUCUGGAGAACCACCAUUGCAGAUCAGUAUAUUUUUUCUGUUACUAUAUCUCAUAAUUGAAAAUUACCUUCUUGAAUGUAGCAAGCAUGCAUGUAAUGAACAUGUUUAUCUGGGAUUCUGGAUGAGCAACUGAGCUGCUUAUAUUUUACUUGAACUCACACAUAGCAGGAGACUGUGGGGGAGAAGAAGAGCCUUUGAAGAUAAGGAAGUUGAGAGUCUCCAAGGUGAAAUAGAUGAAGGUCCCU